UGACAUCAGCCAGCGCCGCCAUAUUGGAGGAGAAGCCGCGUCCCGUCCGCUGCCUCCUCGGCUGCUCCUGCUGUCGGGGGAGCCGGCUCCUCUGCCCCGCGCGGCCGAGCCCUCCCCCAUGAGUCCCCCCGGCCGGCCGCAGCCCCGGCGCGGCUAGCGACAGCCCCUGUCCCCGGCGCGGCCCCCCGCGCCCCCCGCCCCGCGCGCUCGGGCUUUCUCCCGCCCCCCGCGCCGCCGGCCGGAGCCAUGACUUCCCUGACCCAGCGCAACUCGGGCCUGGUGCAGCGCCGCACCGAGGCCUCCCGCAGCGCUGCCGCCGACAAGGAGCGGGUGGCCGGGGGCGGCCCGGAGGAGGAGGGCCGCCGGGACGAGCAGGGCGACGACGAGAAGGGCGACUCCAAGGAAACCCGGCUCACCCUGAUGGAGGAGGUGCUGCUGCUGGGCCUCAAGGACCGAGAGGGUUACACGUCUUUUUGGAAUGAUUGUAUCUCCUCUGGGUUGCGUGGCUGUAUGUUAAUUGAAUUGGCAUUGAGAGGACGUCUUCAACUGGAAGCGUGUGGAAUGAGGCGCAAAAGUCUAUUAACAAGAAAGGUGAUCUGCAAGUCAGAUGCUCCCACAGGGGAUGUUCUACUUGAUGAAGCUCUGAAGCACAUAAAGGAAACCCAGCCUCCUGAAACAGUACAAAACUGGAUUGAACUGCUUAGUGGUGAGACAUGGAAUCCAUUAAAAUUGCACUACCAGUUACGAAAUGUGCGUGAACGAUUAGCUAAAAACCUAGUGGAAAAAGGUGUAUUGACGACAGAGAAACAGAACUUCCUUCUUUUUGACAUGACUACCCACCCUCUCACCAACAACAAUAUAAAACAGCGCCUCAUCAAGAAAGUUCAAGAAGCAGUUCUUGACAAAUGGGUGAAUGACCCUCACCGCAUGGACAAGCGCUUGCUGGCUCUCAUUUACUUAGCCCAUGCUUCAGAUGUCCUUGAGAACGCUUUUGCCCCUCUACUGGAUGAGCAGUAUGAUUUAGCCACAAAGAGAGUGCGGCAGCUUCUGGAUUUAGACCCUGAAGUUGAAUGUCUGAAGGCCAACACAAAUGAGGUCCUGUGGGCUGUUGUAGCCGCCUUCACAAAAUAACUGCGAUCAGAUUGAAGUGUUCUUCUUCAUGUAAAGCAGUUGUUUCUCUUCUAUUGACUAUUCAUGUUUUCUGUAAUUUGUACCUUCUCACAUGAUGAAUCAGCCUUGUUUCACAGGAAUGAUAGGUGGCGUAUUCUCUCUCCCUUUGUGUAUCUGUAUAUGGAUUCUGCUGGUACAAGAGGCUUUCCUGUUUAAAAAAAGUUUUGCUGCCAUAUUGGCAUUCCAUUCCCUAUUAAAUUACAGUUCCCUGAAAUUUUUAGUUUAAUCCAUUUUUCAGUCUUUGGUUGCUGGAAUGGUUUAACUUGGAAAGCACCUCAAGGAAGAAAUGUGCAUGCGCUAUUGGAUCACCAAGUCUCGGGGUUUGUUGCAGAUGUGUACACGCGUCAGUAGCAUUCUGCCAUGCAGUUCACAAAAGGCCUUUUAAAUCACCAAAGUUAAAUAUUGAAGUGUCUAACAGGACAUUUUAUAUAUAGACAUUGGUUCAAAUGUGCUUAACAAAAUUAUUUUAAAAUUAGACUAUCCAUUAAAUAUCUCCGUAAAUAGUUAAUGUAAAAUGUCCCAUAAGUUUUACCUCUCAUGUAAAUCUCUUGUGUACUUACAUUUUGUUAUAUUACAACUCUGAAUUACGAGGCUAGUGUAGAAAGGUCCAGUUGUUUCACAAACCAGUUUUGGGAUGGAAUACAUUCCAUUAUAGUCUGUAUAUAGUUUGAAUUGUAUAUUAACAGCCCCCCAUCUUUGUAUUUUGCAAGAUUUAAUUAGUUGUACACCUGUGCCCCUUACUUGUUUUCAGCCAUUGCCAUUGGAGGGAAAGAUGGGCCUCUUAUAAAGAGCACGUGUGUGAACUCUGUGUGUUCCCAAUGUCUGUGGACUUGUACCAUCCAGGUACAACUCAGCCUACGCAUCGCCUUUUAUAACGUUUGAUGUAUGGAAAGGAGACCAGUUGCUGUCAUUGUUUAUAUUAUUUCUGUAUGAAAGAGGCUUGUGACCCGUACAGUUCUUGAGUGCAGUUUUUAAUUCUGUUCACAAGUUAAUUGUUUGUCUCUUAAAUGUCAUAAUCUACUUACACUUAAAAAAAUCAAAUGUCAAACCUAGGAGGUCUUGCAUGUAAAUUGUUAGCAAGUAAUGACUGCAGUUCAGAUGAGUAAGAUUUCUGUAAUGGGAAGCUCUACUACGUUCAUUAUUUUAUAUACAAUUAUGUUGAUAGGCACAAUGUAAAAAAUAUAAACUUUGGCUUUUAAAAGUUUAUUACCUCUUUACCGCUGCUUGUUAUCUGCCACUGGUUUCACAGUGUAAAUAUUAUGCAUUGAGCAAAUUAAACAUUUUUUUUUCUCUCAUAACAUGCAUACUAAUAGUGGGGCUUACAGGUGUUUAGAAUCUUUUUGGUUAACAUUCAGAGCAAAAAUACUGAGUGGUGUAUAACUGUAGAGUUGAAGUUUAAGGGAUCCCUAAUCUGUAUACUAGCUUUUUACCUACAGUAAAUAAACUAUGAUCUUGAAAGUGCCUGAAACAGA